UUGCGCGUGGAGCACAACAGAGAGCGAGAGAGAGGGGUGAUUUCACUCUUUUCUCCUCUCCCCUCAGUUGAACUAUUCUGUAAACUUAUCUGAGCACAUACAUGUGACAACCUUAGAUCUGAUUUUUUUAAUAUGGGACAGGUUUUGCUUUUGUAUGUACUUUGUAGCUGUACAGUAUGAUGGCUUUGUGAGGCAAAAUAUGUCUGGGUGAGGAGAUUUUACGCACGCCGCUGAAAUGGAUCACAGACUCUCCAGAGGCAGCUGGGUACCGGUGACUGGGCUGGUUGUAUGUCUGCUUCUGUGUGCGUGUGUAGUGGACCUGGUUCUUGCCCAAAUUCGGUACUCCAUUCCCGAAGAGCUGGAGCAUGGAGCUUUUGUGGGCAACAUCGCCGAAGAUCUGGGCUUGGAUGUGGCCAAGCUGUCAGCACGUCGGUUUCGUAUAGUCUCGGGCGCAAAGAGGCAGUAUUUAGAAGUAAACUUGGAGAAUGGCAUUCUCUUCGUCAACGAAAAGAUAGACAGAGAGGAUCUGUGUGAACGAAGUCCGAACUGUUUUUUACACUUACAAGUGGUCAUUGAAAACCCCUUAGAACUGUACAGAGUGGAAGUGGAGAUUUUAGAUGUUAAUGACAACUCCCCCAGUUUCCCAUGGAGCGAGUUUAAUAUUGACAUCACAGAGUCGGCUGCUCCCGGCUCAUGUUUCCCGUUAGAGAGCGCACAGGAUCAGGACGUGGGCACCAACUCUCUGCGCUCUUACCAGCUAAGCGCAAACGAGCACUUUGUACUAAACAUCCAGACGCGCAACGAUGGAAACAAGUUUGCUGAGCUCGUGCUGGACACCCCGCUUGACCGGGAAAAGCAAAAAAAGCACGAAAUGGUUUUGACUGCCUUUGACGGGGGCUCUCCGGAAAGAUCUGGGACAGCAGUGAUAACUAUUACAGUGUUAGACGCAAACGAUAACGUGCCCGUAUUUGACCGUUCGGUUUACCGGUCGAGCCUGGUGGAGAACGCACCGCGAGGGACGCUCGUGCUGAAGCUGAACGCCACAGACCUGGAUGAAGGAUCUAAUGGGGAAGUGACCUACGCAUUUAGCGGGCACGCACCCCUCAAGGUGCGGGAACUAUUCAGCGUGGACCCGUACACGGGAGAAAUCCGAGUGAAGGGCAUCGUGGACUAUGAGAAAGCCAGUGUUUUUGAACUGUAUGUGCAGGCUAAAGACAGGGGACCCUCGGCUGUGGCUGUACACAGUAAAGUGCUGGUAGACAUCCUUGAUGUCAAUGACAACGCACCCGAAGUCAUCCUCACAUCAGUGUCCACGCCUGUGCAGGAAGACGCACCACCGGGCACGGUGAUAGCCGUUAUCAGUGUAAUGGACCGGGACUCGGGAGAGAACGGAAACGUUGACUGCCAAAUCCCGAGCAACGUCCCCUUUCAGCUCCAUUCCUCCUUUAAAAACUAUUACACUCUGGUGACAAGCGAGUUUCUGGACAGGGAAGCGGUGUCUGAGUACAAUAUCACCCUCACAGCCCGAGACUUGGGCUCUCCUUCGCUCUCCACGAGGAAAACCAUCCUCGUUCAAGUAUCUGACAUUAAUGACAACCCCCCGCGGUUCUCUCAGCCUUCAUACACUGUUUAUGUGACCGAGAAUAAUGCCCCGGGCGCUUCCAUUUGCUCUGUAACUGCAUUCGACCCCGAUUCUAACCAGAACGCCUAUCUGUCUUACUCUAUUCUCGAGGGUCAGAUCCAGGGCAUGCCCGUGUCCACUUAUGUCUCAAUCAACUCUGACAACGGCAAUAUAUAUGCACUGCGUUCCUUUGAUUAUGAGCAACUUAGAAACUUUCAGAUCUUGGUACAGGCGCAGGACGCUGGAUUCCCCCCUCUCGCCAAUAACAUCACAGUCAACGUCUUUGUUUUGGACCAGAACGACAAUGCACCUGUUAUUGUAUCCCCUCUGCCCAAAAACGGCACCGUGGCCACAGAGGUGGUUCCGCGGUCAGUAGACGCUGGGUAUCUGGUUACCAAAAUAACAGCGUUAGACGCGGACGCAGGACAAAACUCCCGGCUGUCCUAUCAGGUGUUGCAGGCUACAGACCCGGGGCUGUUCAGUGUGGCUCUGUACACAGGCGAAAUCAGGACUAUUCGCCGGCUGGUGGAGAAAGACGCAACAAGGCAAAGACUGGUAAUACUAGUCAAGGACAACGGACAGCCGCCUCUAUCUGCCACUGUCUCCAUUAUCCUUACAGUGGUAGACAGUGUUCCCGAGUCGCUGUCAGAUUUCGGAGACCUCACACUCAGCCCACAGCCCCCCUCAAACCUCGCUCUCUACUUGAUCGUGUCACUGAGCACAAUAUCUUUAAUAUUCCUUGUGGCUAUUAUCGUGCUGGCUGCAGUCAAGUGUUACAAGGACAGAGACACACUCAGCGGGUACAACCUCCCCCCGCUCGCAUGCUGCUGUUGCGGGGGGUUUCAGCCCGAUCCGCCCCCGGAGGUGUUCAAAAAAUCAAACCUCAACCUGCAGAUUUCCUCCGCGGCCAAAGUCCCCACAAACUGUAUGGAGGUGAAUGGAAACAGCAGUCUCUCGCAGUCAUAUUGUUAUAAAGUGUGCUUGACCCCCGAAUCAGCCAAAAGUGACUUUAUGUUUCUGAAGCCGUGCAGCCCCGGGAGCACGCCGAGAAACAACGAGGCGAAGAGCGCAGAAAACUCGUGGAACGCGCAAAGCCGGAGCGCAUCUGUGAACAACGGAGCAACUACUCCUAAUGAGCUGAAGCAGCCAAACACAGACUGGACUCUCACAAAAAAUCAGAACUCCUCCCUUAAAAGUUAUAACUCUAUCAACAUGGAUGGCACCCUCAUGCGUAAAGCUAUGCAUGCAGACCCAGAAAACUACGUCACCUCCAUGGCGCCUGGACAGUACUGGACCUGGGGUACACACAUGAGAGGGGUGAAAGACUACAAGAUGUCUCCUUCAACCAGUGGGGUCCCCUCUCGCCCCUGGACUCCUCUGUGCACACCUCCUCCUCAACAGCAGCAGCCAUCAAUACCUCCCCACCCCCACCCCCACCCUCACCCACACCCUCAUCCGCACCCCCACCCACCACCUGACUACCACCACAAUGUGCACAUCCCUGGGACACCAUCAGGCUUUUGCACCCUGAGGCCAGUAGUACACCGAAGCGAGCUGGACGUCCACAAUGCAUUCUCAACCUUUGGGAAGAAGCGUCGUCUCCAGAUGUCCCCCCAGGGAGAGGCUGCGAUUAUAAAUAAUGACUUGUACAAUGACUGAGUUUUCAAUGACGACGGAUAGUCUCAUAUAAAGACUGAGGAAGAGAGCAUUCAGUGAAUACAUUAAUGGACAUAUGAGAGGAUGCACAAAAGGGGAACACUAAAUGAGGAAUCCUUUUUGGCUAAAAUGCUGAAAAUAAAUAAAGUCUGAUGGCUGUUUAUGUGUCACGCCAGUGUAACAUGAUCAAUGUAUGUGUCUGCCUAUUAUUAUUAUUAUUUAGACAAUCAAACUGGAGCAGCAAUUAUAUCCAAAAUGUUUCGAAAAAGCAUUAGUGGUAAAUAAUUUUGCACAUCAUGAAUUUAUAUUUUUGGCUUUAUGAAAAGAAAAAGUGUUUUCUUUUUGUAUUUUUGAAUGCUAACAGAGCUUGAGUGAAUAUGAUAAAUAAUAUGAUCAUGUAUAUGCAAGCUGCCACAUGACGCAGACAACUGUAAAGAGGGGAUUUUCCCCAUACAUGUACUGUAUACAUUUAUGAAAAUAAAGUAUUUUUUUCA